AUGAGUGCGGACAGUCCUGCUAGCUGCAAAUUAACGGGAACUCCCAUCGAAGAGAUCCGCGAGCUGAAGAGAAAAGCGUGCGAGCGAAUUUCAUCUCUGAUACGAGCGAUUUCCUCGAAUUCGUCUCCGAAAAGAUCGAAAGCUAGUGUUGAUUCUUUUUUCACCUACAAGCGAUUAGUGAAGUCGUACACGUUUGAGCUAUGGGCCGGAAAUGAAAUAAGUCCACGAGAAUUAGCCGUGCAUGGUUGGGAAUGCAAAGCACGGGAUCAAGCACAAUGCAUCGCUUGCAAACAGUUUCUGUGCACAACUUUGCCGAAAAUUACCAGCGUAAACAUAAGUGUUUACAAUAGAUGUCUCAGGCGGAUUCGUGAAAACAUCGUCAACUCACAUGUACUUACUUGCUUGUACAGAUCAAAACCUCUUGAAUUCAAACAUGACGUUGAUGAGACUUUCUUGAAUGACAUUGUACGACCGAAAAUAUCAACGUUCAAUGUGGAAGGAUUGAAGAUGAACAUGGUUGUUCCUGACGACCUUGUCUGGAGGACUUCGGAGACAAAGUGUCCCGAAUCACAGGAACCCUUUAUUGGAGCAUCACUUGGGUGGUCAAUCGAAACAGAGAAAAUCGGUGGCCAGAAGCUAUACGUUGCUGUUUGCGAUUACUGUGCAAGGGACUUUGUUCUAGGAUAUGAGGUCUUCGAUCCGGUGAAAACACACAAAAGAUGGUGCCCUGUUAUGGAUGUGAAUCCUGAUGAUGGUGUACCAUUGUGGAAGCUUAUCCUUGAGCGCGUAUCCCCUACCACGAAACAGAGAACUAAGCCAGUAACAAUAAAGGACGUGGAAUCAGCUAAACGUGCUCUCGACCAUUCCUUGUCGAUUGUUUCCAGAGAAAAUAUGGUUGAUUCUUAG